UGCAGGUAAACUUCAGAGAAAAUUUUGCGAGCAGCAGACGUAGUCGUUGUGAAUUUUUGUAACUUUUCGUUGGUGCUUUAUGUAGUUCUGGUGAUAAAUAAUGAAUGAAUUGAAUAACGUCGAGGUAAAGACCGUCCAACACUCGAUCCCAACGGAUAUAUUGGAUGACCUCUUAACGAGAUUUCUGAUAUUUGUGCCAGAAUCCGCCAAGCAGAACUUGAUACGAAUUUGUUUCCAAAUAGAGUUGGCCCAUUGGUUUUACUUGGAUUUUUAUGUAGGGAAUGACAAACGCCUUAAGGCUUGUACUAUUUAUGAAUUUGCUGCCCAUGUCUUUCAGCACAUCCCAUUCCUCCAACGGGAGAGCCACAAACUAAAACAAAUCCUCAAAGAAUGGAAGGAGUACAAGCAUAGCGUGCCGACAUACGGCGCAAUAAUUCUUUCAGAAAACAUGUCGCAUGUCCUUCUCGUCCAGAGUUACUGGGCAAAGUCUUCUUGGGGUUUCCCCAAGGGUAAAGUAAAUGAGGAGGAGGAUCCCGCUCACUGCGCCGUUCGAGAAGUUCUCGAAGAGACUGGCUUUGAUAUAAGCAACAACAUCAACCCCGAUGAGUACCUAGAGGCUGUAAUAAACGAACAACUCGUCAGACUGUACAUUAUAAAGAACGUACCGUUGGCAACGCAGUUCUGCCCCAAGACCCGAUGCGAGAUCAAAUCUUGCAGUUGGUUCGCCGUCUCCGACCUACCCACGAGCAAAAAGGACAGCGCCUCGAAGGCUAAGAUGGGCAUCAACCCGAACGCCUUCUUCAUGGUCCUUCCGUUCGUCAAACGCCUCAAGCAGAUCUGCACGACGGAGCACAAACGUAAUAGGUACAAGCGUUUCAUUUCUGUUGUGAGGAAAAAGGAGGUAAAAGUUUAUUAGAUUUGGUAGACGACUUUUUGAGGUUUUUAUACAAAGUAGGGAAAUACCCUUAAAGACAGCGUUUGUUUGUGUGUAAAAAGGUUAAAAAUGCUUCAACAUGUGUCAUUUAAUCUCAUGUUCUCAUCAGGUUUUCUCGGUUAAGUUUUUUUAUAUCUACAUCAUAAAAAACUUAAUUUGAC